AUGGUGAAAAAUCUUUCACCAGGAGAAGACUACAUCUUUGAAAUUGUGACAAUUAAAGGACAACAUUCCAGUGUACCUGAACAGAUAACAGCAGCUACCAGACCCCCUGGAAUUUGUGGCCUUUCAGUGAAGCUCAAAAAUACUACUUCUGCCACUUUGACAUGGGACCCAACCACAAGCAGUUUUACUCAUUACAGAAUUCUGUUCACCAAUGUGACAUCUGUAUGGGAGUUUCAUAUCUCUGACGGCCUGGCAGAGUAUACAGUAACACACAUGCUACCUGGUGGAAUUUAUAAUUUCACAAUUCAGAGAAUGAAAGGGACUGUUGUGGGGGAUCUUGCAUCUGUGCAAGUGGUGGCAGAUCCUGAAAGACCCAUAGGGUUUAGUGUCUUCAAUAUUUCAACACACUCCUUUUCAGUACAUUGGAGGCAACCAUACGGACGGGUAGAAAGAUAUCAAGUGGAUCUCUUUCCUCAGCCUGGCUUUGUUUUUGUGAGAGAUCUUGGAGGUGGGGAGUAUCAGGCAGAUGUAUCCAGUGCUGUUCCUGGUACCACAUACACCGUAACAAUCUCCUCAGUUUCAUCUUCAGCCUAUAGCUCUACUGACAGCAAGUCAUUGAUGACCAACGAAACCAUUCCAGGACCCCCUGAUCAUUUAGCUGGAGAAAGAGUGGGCUCUGCUGGAAUAUUGCUGUCUUGGUCUAUACCACAGAAUACAUAUGGCAGGAUUGUAGCUUACUCUGUCAUUUACAGAGAGGUUUGCCCAUGGAUGCAAUCAUCUUAUACCCAAGUAGCAACGACACCUGACAGUCUAGAGGUUCUCUUAACAAGUCUGACCCCGGGAACUACAUAUGAAAUUAAGGUGGCUGCCGAAAACAGUGCUGGAAUUGGAUCAUACAGUGAUUCCUCUCUGUUUAACACUGCAGAGAGCGCUCCAGGAAAAGUUGUCAAUCUAACUGUUGAAGCACUAAAUUCAUCUGCAGUAAAUCUAACUUGGUUUUUACCUCGACAACCACAUGGAAAAAUUACCAGCUUCAAGAUAAGUGUAAAACAUGCAAGAACUGGAGCAAUAGUAAAGGAUACAACUGUGAAAGUGGAAGAAAUUUUGAAUGGAGCAUUGCCGGAGUGUACUGAUAAAAGUGAAUCUUUUUUAUGGCGUACAACUAGUCCUUCAUCAACCAGAGGUCUUUCUACAACCACUGCCUCAUUUGUAUCACGAGCAGUAACUUCUAGGACCUUUAAUGCUAUUUGGAAUGAACCAAUCACAUAUAUAGUGGGGCAACUUAGACCAUAUACAACUUACUUGUUUGAAGUUUCUGCUGUUACCAAUGAACCUGGCUAUAUUGACAGUACAAUUGUCAGGACACCGGAAUCAGUGCCUGAAGACCCCCCUCAGAAUCUGAUUAAGGGCAACAUUACUACUAGGUCAUUUUCUGUGACAUGGGAUGCUCCAACCAUUGUGACAGGAAAAUUCAGUUACAGGGUUGAAUUGUAUGGUCCAUCUGGUCGAAUUCUAGACAACAGUACGAAAGAUCUAAAGUUUACUUUUACUAACCUUACGCCUUUCACAACCUACGAUGCAUACAUCAGUGGAGAAACAAGUGCAGGUGUUGGGCCCCGAGCCAACAUAUCUGUUUUCACUCCAGCCGAAGCACCCAGCGCUGUAUCUGAUUUAAAUGCAAAAGAGGUGGAAGCUAAUUUUAUAACUGUUAGCUGGCGACGGCCACCACAACCAAAUGGCAUCAUCACACAGUACAGAGUCAGAGCUUUUGUUAAGGAAACAGGAAUGGCCAUUGAGAAUACAAUUCUCACAGGAAAAUAUAAGUAUAUCACUAACACAGAUUAUGAGAUAUCAACUGCGGUAAAUGAAUAUACCAAAUCAUUAUUUUUUGGCCAUGCAAAGGAAGCUAUAACUGGAACAUAUGAAGGAUCAGCUGACAUUUUUGCCACAGUCCAAACAAUGCCCCCUGUGACAUUCUACAGCAAUGCAAACAGUGACACAGCUACUGAGAAUGUGCAAUAUGGAAUCAACAUUGAGGCUGAACAGCUGUCGUACACUGUUGAGAAGCUUACACCGUUUACUGACUAUACCAUUAGUGUGUCUGCUUUUACAACCGUUGGAGAAGGACCACCAACAGAUAUAGUCAUAAGGACAAGUGAGCAAGUUCCGAGCUCAGUAAAUAACAUAAGUUAUUAUAACAUAAGUUCAACAUCAGUUAUGGUGUACUGGGAUCCACCUCUGGAGCCCAACGGGAUGAUAACCCACUAUACGGUCUAUGCAAUGGAUCUAUACACAAGAGAGGCCUUUCAUGUGAUAACCAGCAACACAAGCAUUCUCAUACAAGGCUUAAGAAAGUACACCGAUUACAAGAUGCGUGUUGCAGCCUCAAACACAGCAGGUGAAAGCUCUCUUUCUGAAAAAAAUGAUAUUUUUGUAAGAACUCUGGAAGAUGUUCCAGCAUCACCUCCUCAGAAUCUGGUUUCAACUGGUGUAAAUGCGACUUCCAUUAGUUUGGAGUGGUUCCCACCUUUAGAACCCAAUGGAAUUAUUACACUCUAUGAAAUCAUCUACACAAACUCAACAGUUAUACUCUCACAAAACACCUCCUCUGUAAGCUACACCUUGACUGAUUUGAAUCCAUACACCCUUUAUAGAAUUUCUGUUCGAGCUUACACUAUGUUAGGACAUGGAAACCAGUCAACACCAGUUCUUCCUUUAAAAACCUCUGAAACUGCUCCAAGUAGUCCACCAUAUGAUUGCCUCUACAGAAAUCUCUCUUCUACUAGAGUAUUACUUACAUGGCAACCUCCUGUUCACGCCAAUGGGAUUAUAUUGUUUUACAAGAUCAUCUACUGGAACUCUUCUCAUACUGUUACAAGCAACAGUAGUGAAGCUUUAAUUGUUUUGUCAGACCUUAAAAAAUAUUCCCAAUAUCAGGUUAUUGUAUCUGGUUAUACAAUUCAUGGAGAUGGAAACCAGUCAAGUGAGGUACUACACAUGACCACUAUGGAAGAUGUUCCUGAUGAUCCACCUCAUAAUCUAUCCUACCGAACUUUAAACUCUACCUCCAUACAGCUGUUUUACUCUCCACCCUCUUCCCCCAAUGGUGUUAUUAAGUAUUAUUCAAUCACGUGCCUUGAUACUGCAGGAAAAGCUCAGUAUUAUAAUAGCAGUGGAUGUUCUAUAAUCCUUAGCGACCUUCAAACGUUUACUGAAUAUGUUGUCACUAUUAAAGCCAGUACAUCUGUGGGAUAUGGAUCAAGAUCAAGUAGUACACUCUUUGUAAGAACUGGUGAAGAUGUACCUGAUAGUGCUCCAGAAAAUAUAACAUACAAGAACGUUUCAUCCACCGAAAUAAUUGUGUCCUAUUCCCCACCAUCCAUACCGAAUGGAAUAAUAAUAUAUUACACGGUGUACAUAACAUGGCAGAAUGGAACAGUAGAGAGUGCAACAGACACACCUUACCUAACACACAGCAUUUCAGGUUUGCGCAAAUAUACCAAUUAUAUCCUCAUGGUGUCUGCUAGUACUGUAAAAGGGGAAGGUGUACACAGUGAGGCACAAAACAUUACUACAGAGGAAGAUGCUCCAUCGACUCCACCACGUUUUCUUGGUAUAAAAGAGAUGUCCAGUGUAAUUGUGAAGUUAUCAUGGCAACCACCUCUUGAGCCAAAUGGAAUUAUCCUCUUCUACACAGUGUAUAUCUGGGAUGAAAUGUCAAAUAAAACCAUCAAUGUUGAAGAAACUUCCGUGAAAUUUCAAGACCUGGAGAGCAACCAUGAAUACAGUGCAUAUGUUACCUCUAGCACUAGAUUCGGAGAUGGAAAUGUUAGAAGUGAUAUUUUAAAAUUUAAAACUUUAGAAGGAGUCCCAAGUGACCCACCAAGAAACCUUUCAUACAAAAAUAUUAGCUCCUCUUCAGUGAUGAUUUUCUGGAGUGCACCCAUAAAACCAAAUGGAGUUAUACAGUAUUAUUCUUUAUAUUAUCAGAAUUCUUCCAAAAUCUACAUCAGGAACCUCACAUCGAAUGAUUUCAGUUUUGAUAGCAAUGGCUUUUUAGCCAUAAUUGAUGGUCUUGCAAGGUUCAGUCACUACCAGUUCUGGAUAACUGCAAGCACUGUAUUUGGAGAUGGAAACCAAGCUAGUGAGACAAUUGAUGUUAACACAGAGCAAGAUGUCCCUGAAACACCACCUAUGAUCAGAGAAUGCAAGAAUCUAACAUCUACUUCAGUCUUGUUAUCGUGGAAUCCUCCAGUACGUCCAAACGGUAUUAUAACUGGUUACUACUUACAGAUUUAUGGACCACAGGGAAACAAGUCUUUUCCUGAUACUAUGCAAGAUUCCAUCAUUCUAAAGGAUCUUGAUCCAUUUACCCAGUAUUUUAUCUUUGUUGCUGCAAGAACAAUAAAAGGAACGGGUCCUUCUAUCCAGCUUCCAUUUCUCACAGACGAAGCAGAGCCUUCAGUAUCUCCUUACAAUUUGACUUUCAUCAAUGCAAGUGACAGUUCAGCUUGGCUGCAAUGGAGGCCUAGUCCAAGACCUAAUGGUAUUGUGCAAAUGUACAGCUUUAAAAUUGUGGAAAACAGCAGUCAGUCUAUAUUCUUUCAGAAUAUAUCAGGUGCUCAAACAGAAGGAAAGCUAACCAAUUUGGACCCAUUUAAGGCCUAUCAAGCAAGUGUAUCUGCUUUUACGAAAGCAGGCAAUGGAAAUCAAUUCAGCAAUACUAUUCAGUUCACAACACAAGAGUCAGCCCCAGACUUUGUCCAGAACAUACGUUGUGUGGCAACAAGUUGGCAGUCCAUCUUAGUUCAGUGGGAUCCACCAGUUCGCCCUAAUGGAAAAAUAACUCAGUACGUCCUAAUGUUUCAAAAUCUUGCUACCUUUGUCUCCGAUACUGAUAAUGCCUACACCUUCAGGGAUCUACUCUCCAAUACCACAUAUAACUUCUCUAUUCAAGCUGCAAAUUCUGCUGGCGAAGGAAAGGAGGACAUAUGCAAUGCAACAACAAAGUCUGAAGAAGUCCCUAGUGCCCCACGACAUGUUACUUUUUUAAGCAUUGACUCUACAAGUGUCACGUUGCAGUGGAAUAGACCAUACAAGACAAAUGGGUAUUUAAAGAACUACAAAAUCACAGUUCAGCUUCUUUCCACUGAAUGUUAUGACUGGAACUCUGGUGAAUGUGUCGAGACAAGCAAAGACUUCUACUCGUAUGCAGAUAAUAUUGUUGAGAAGACAAUAUAUGGCUUAAAAAAAUACAGAUGGUAUAGAUUUAAAGUUAGUGCUAGCACUAACGCUGGAUAUGGUACAUCUACACCGUGGAUAAAUGUACAAACAUUAUCUGGUCCUGCAGAAGGACCUCCGCAAAACAUCAAUAUUGUUGCUACCUCCCCACAAAGUAUUAAUAUCACUUGGAGUGGGCCAUUAAUCAUAACUGGACCAACGUCAUAUCUAAUCAACAUCUCCUCGGUUAAUGGUGUAGACUACAGAAAAGAGGUUGUACGGUGGAGUAAUGAAAGUAAGAGCAUUGAGGUGACAGACCUGAAGCCAUUUACAAGCUACUCUAUAAUAGUUACAGCCUUUACUGGAGAUCUAGAAUCAGCUUUCACUGAAGGGAAGUCCAGUGAUGUUGUGAUUGCUACCACUCUUGAGGCAGUGCCAAAUGAUUCUCCUAAGAACAUAACGAUUGAGAAGAUACCAAAUGAAGUGACUAAAGUUCAGGUGACCUUCAUUCCACCAGCAGAGCCUAAUGGAAAUAUUCAAAUGUUCCAAGCACUUCUAUACAAAGAAGAUGAGCCGACAAAGACUCAAAUCCGCAAUCUAAGUAUCGUUAGAAGAGAUGAAGAAUCUGUAACUGCUAUUAUCGAAGGACUUAAAGGCGGCUAUACAUAUAACAUAAGCAUAUAUGCAGUCAAUGGUGCUGGAGCAGGACCAAAAAUCCAAAUGAGAAUUACUACGGAUGUGAAAGAACCACCUCAUCCCAUAAUGAAACCUGUACCCAUUUAUGACUCGACUGGGAGUGUCGUGGUUACAUCAACUACUAUUACUGUUAAAAUGCCAAUAUGCUACUUCAGUGAUGUCAAUGGGCCAAUUAAAAAAAUUCAGAUUCUUGUUUCAGAAAAUGGAGCUCAACAUGAUGGGAAUAUCACCAAGUGGCAUGAAGCCUAUUUCCAAAAACCAAAACCAUAUUUUACAAAUGAAGGCAUUCCAAAUCCAACGUGUCCUGAUGGGGCAAACCGUUUCUUCAGCAAGCAGGAAGUAUAUGUCAUUGGAGCUGACAAUACCUGCAUGUUACAGGAAUUCUGUAAUGGACCCUUAAAGCCAAGGAAACAGUAUAUAUUUAAAUUUAGAGCUACAAAUUUUAAAGGACAGUAUACAGACUCUAACUAUUCAAUUCCUAUCAAAACAUUAGCUGACGGACUAUCAGAACGAGCUGUAGAAAUUAUCUUAUCUGUCACCCUGUGUAUACUUUCUGUAAUCCUUCUUGUAGCUGCCAUCUAUGCUUUUGCAAGAAUUCGACAGAAACAAAAAGAAGGUGGUACAUAUUCUCCACGAGAUGCUGAAAUAAUUGACACAAAAUUUAAGCUUGACCAGUUCAUCACAGUGGCAGACUUGGAGCUUAAGGAUGAGAGAUUAACACGGCCUGUGAGUAAGAAAGCGUUCCUGCAGCAUGUUGAGGAGCUAUGCGCCAAUAACAACGUAAAGUUUCAAGAAGAAUUUUCGGAACUUCCUAAAUUUCUUGAAGAUCUUGCAAUCUCUGAUGCUGAUCUCCCUUGGAACAGGUCAAAGAAUCGCUUUACAAACAUAAAACCAUAUAACAAUAACCGUGUAAAGCUAAUUACGGAUGCUGGUGUGCCAGGCUCAGAUUACAUCAACGCAAGCUAUGUGUCUGGGUAUAUUUGUCCUAAUGAAUUCAUUGCUACACAAGGACCACUGGCUGGAACUGUGGGUGAUUUCUGGAGAAUGGUUUGGGAAACGCGAGCAAAGACCAUAGUGAUGCUAACUCAGUGCUUUGAAAAAGGCAGAAUCAGAUGUCAUCAAUACUGGCCCGAGGACAACAAGCCAGUGACUGUUUUUGGGGAUAUUGUGAUCACUAAAGUUGUUGAAGAUGUUCAAAUCGAUUGGACCAUCAGAGACCUCAAAGUUGAAAGACAUGGAGAUUUUAUGAUGGUUCGCCAGUGUAAUUUUACUUGUUGGCCAGAACAUGGAGUUCCAGAAAACACUACUGCUUUAAUUCACUUUGUAAAGAUGGUUAGAGGAAGUAGACCUCAUGAAAAUACACCGACAAUUGUACAUUGCAGUGCGGGAGUUGGAAGAGCAGGAGUGUUUAUUGCACUGGAUCAUUUAAUUCAACAUAUCAACCACCAUGAUUUUGUGGAUAUUUAUGGCCUUGUAGCAGAGCUUAGAAGUGAAAGAAUGUGUAUGGUACAAAAUUUGGCACAGUAUAUAUUUUUACACCAGUGUGUUCUGGACUCAUUAGCAAGCAAAGGCAGUAGCCCGGCCAUCUGCUUUGUUAAUUAUUCUGCCCUUCAAAAAAUGGACUCCUUGGAUGCCAUGGAAGGUGAUGUUGAACUUGAAUGGGAAGAGACAACAAUGUAAUAUAAAAGAAAGCCCAUCUCAUUAUACGUGGCAGAAGCCAAAAUCAUUCCUUCCUAUGGUCAAGAGCAGUAGAAAGAACAUACAAACUAUAUCCAUGCUGUGCCUUAGGCUACUGAUAGUGGUAAUGUUAUGUGCACAGAACACAGGACAUUCAACUGUUUGCACUGCUGUGGUCUCAUAGUAAUGUCAUUUUUUUUUAUCUUGAAAGAGAUAAAA